AUGAUAUCGAGACGCUCUGCAUUGGCUAUAGCCACAUUGUUGGCUUUCUCGGCUGUCGUAUUGGGUAAAUCCGAAAAGGCCCAAGAACUCUUUCAUACACCCUCGCAUAAUCCUGCUGAGCAUGGGACAUCAAUGAAGAAGUUGUUCUCUACGCUGUUCCCCUUUGAAAGUCCAGCUUAUAACUCUAUCCUAGCUACAUUCUACAUAUCAUCAAUACCCAAUUUCAUCCUCCUAGCUGUGCCUGCCACCCUCGAACCAUCCUCGCUCAACACGAUGAUCGCAUUUGCGACUGGCGGUCUACUCGGAGAUGUGUUUUUGCAUCUUGUUCCUCACUCUUUCUUCGGUGAGGGUCAUUCGGAAGAUGGAAGUUUGAGGUCGGUUCAGGUGGAGGAAAAGAGGAAUAUAGUAAUUGGCGGUGCAAUCUUCUUAGGUUUCGCAGCGUUCUUCAUCCUGGACAAGACAAUGAGGGUAUUAAACGCUUCAGCGGGUAACGGACCCCACUCCCACUCCCACUCUCAUUCUCACUCGCAUUCUCAUGGAACGACAGAAUCGAAAGGCACUUCUACAUCUGUAUCAACGGCAUCAAGUGGAAACGAGUUGAAAUCUCGUAAAUCACCUUCAGACGUAACUUCCAUCGAACCCAAAGCAGCACCUUCAGACGUGACCGACACCAAGAAAGAAGUGAAUCAAUCACUUAAAUUAUCGGCAUACUUGAACUUGUUUGGCGAUUUUACGCAUAAUAUCACGGAUGGAUUGGCGAUGGCAGCUAGUUUUUAUUCUUCUCCUGCGCUGGGGGCUGUCACCACUAUUGCUACGUUCUGUCAUGAGAUACCACAUGAGAUUGCCGAUUAUUCCAUCUUGAUCAAAUCGGGCUUCACCAAAUCGCAAGCUAUGGGAUCUCAAUUCUUCACCGCUGUUGGUGCGUUCGUAGGUACCUUCUUAGGUAUAUGGAUAGCCGAGACCUCAGGUGCGGGUAAUAAAGAGGUGGUGAUUGAAGUGGGACAAGGGUUGUUUGGUACUAGUGUUGGAGCUGGGGAGCUGGUCAUUCCUAUGACUGCUGGUGGUUUCUUGUAUAUCGCAAGUGUCAGUGUGAUUCCUGAAUUAUUGGAAGAGUCAAGAAGUGCCAAGCAGGCUUUGAAAGAGUACGCUGCGAUGGCAUUCGGUGUAUUCUGUAUGGCUGUGAUUGCAUGGAACGAGUAG